CCCAGAGGCUACCAACUCUCCCCACUGCACAUCACAUCACAAAGCCGCACAACACCCCGACCUGGUACAAGACCCUCCCUCUUCGGUGUUUUGCAUCCGUGUGACGCAGUAAAUUAAUUGAUUUUGAUUUGUCUCUUGCUUCUCCUGAUCUUUCGUUGGAAGCAUCUUUGCUUCGCAUUGCAGUUGAAAUCAAUUCUUUCGUCAUUUAAGAGCCUCCCCUAGCUAGGCGCAUCGCAUCGCCGUGGCUAAUUGCCGAAUUUACGUCUAUCGACAUCAAGCGCAUUUCUCAAACACCUCAGCAACAACAUUCACACUACAAUAUCUUUUCCUCAGUAGGCCCCUUUCAGGUCUCUUCUGAAGAACAGGAUUGCGCUGCUUAUAGCGAGCUGCACCUUGCGUUCCCCAGAGCCAAGGUCAUCCGUGUAUAAAGAACUGCGAUCGGAGCACACCUGCUUGACGACGCCAUCUCAGCGACUUCGACAGUUGAGGAUCCACCUCUUCGCAUAUCCUAAUCAAACCCACCGACCGGACUACGUUCAUAAAAUCAUGUCGAACCCGGCCGUUGGAAACGUCUACCAAGCUAUCAUUGACGAGGUCGUCAAUAGUUCGCGAGUUGAUUUCGAGGAGAGCGGCGUUGAAGAAUCAGUGCUAGAGGAGCUGCGACAGGUAAGAGAUGUACUUUUCGUCGAGUUUCGUGUUUUGCCUGCAAUUCUCGUUGAUUCUCGGGAAUCACCAAAGAAUGGGUGAGAGAAGCCUAUGGCAUCAACAAAGACGAGUGUCGAUUUGUUUCAACUCCGCACACUAUCAUAUUCCAGGAAUAUGGCGUGACCAAAGACAGCAGGUUCUGUCAAGUAGCAGCACUCUCUUUCGAGAUGACCUCUAGAGCUGAAGAUCGACUCCUGGUCGAAGCGGAGCGCAUCGCAGGCAGUAUUGCGAGGGGGGGGGGCAGUGGGAGAUGGCGGGUUACGGGGAGGGCGAGGGGGCGAUACAGCACUAUUUGGGUCUUUUAAGCCCAUAGCCCCUGCUGCGACUGCCACUUACCUUGUGACUCCUUCCGCCGACACCCGCUGCUUUUUGAUUGGCUCGCUCGAACUGUGUCUCCUCCAUCAUCUCAUACCCACUUGUACACGCCAAAUCAUCCUAUCACCACCACAACACGCCUGUCGUACACUUGCACUGCCUCACCCCUUGCCCACCCACCAAUUUGGCUGCCCAUUCUCUCCGUUUUUUCUGAUCAAAUCCAAACUUACUUUGCACGUCUUGUCUCUAACUGAGCCUGUUCUUUCACUGCUUCACCAGUGAGCUGCGACAUGUGGCUUAAGCACACAGGCCGUUGAUAGGCUCGUGCCAUGAUUAACCCGAAUCUGGUUCUUUUGUUUGAUGGAUACUUGAUGUAGAAAACGGCUAACAUGGCUUCAAAACCAGGGAUGGCAGCAAAAGCUCACUCAGCUUCAUGUCGCCCAGUUCCCUUGGGACCCCAAGCCUGACCCCCCCCCACAAGCUCCGCCAGCUGCCGUUCCACCAGCUCAGACUCAUGCUCAAGCUCAAUUCUCGCCUCAGCUAAGCAACCCAACUGGUCUUUCUUUACCGGGAAUGGCCCAACCCCAGGUGCAGAAUGGUAUCAAGCCCGAAGGUAACAAUAUCAAGACCGAGCCUCACGUACCUAUCAAGCAGGAACCCGGCUUACAGGAUAAUACGAUGACCUACCAACAGUACAAUAACAACACCAACAUCAACAUGAAUGACAACAAUGUAGCUGCCAAUCGUGCCGCUCAGCAAUUGCAGGCUCAGUAUGGACAGCGAGCCGCCAGCUCUAUCAACGCCCUUCACCAGCAACAAGGCCACUCUCAGCAGAACCAGCAACAACCGGCUCUACCGCAGCCACAUCAGCAGCCACAGCCCGGCCUGACCCAGCAACAACAGCAGCAGCAGCAGAUAUAUCGUCAGCAAAUGGCCGCCGCAACUGCCCAACAGCAACCGCAACAUCCGGCCAACGGUCAGCCCCACAUUCAAAACGGUCAGACUGAUGGCGCUGGCGAUCUGGAAGAAUUUGAUGGUGUACUCAUGCAACGAGCUGCUGAUGGCAAUUUGCAUGAACUCGGGCGAGUUGAGAUUGACCGUAUGCUGCAUGAGAAAAUCCUUGCCCAGGCCAAGAGCAUGGAGGGCGGCGGUCUGAUGCUUCCUUUGAAAGAGGCAACUCGAACUUCUUCGGUCUCGACAUCACGCAAGAUCAAGGGCAAGCAACCUGCCGCAUACGACGGAGGUGACGACGACGACGAAGAUGAUGAAGAUGCCAUCAACUCUGACCUCGAUGACCCAGAAGAGGACCGAGACGACGAUGAUGUUGAUGACGAGGGGCUUGGCAAUAUCAUGUUGUGCAUGUACGACAAGGUUCAGCGGGUCAAGAAUAAGUGGAAGUGCACUCUCAAGGAUGGAGUUCUGACCGUCAACGGCAAGGAAUAUGUGUUUCACAAGGCUACUGGUGAAUAUGAAUGGUGAUUUCAGACCGACUCGCUUGGAAAGCGACGGGGUUUUGGACCUUGCGGCCAGAUCGGCGGCGGGGUAUUGGGAAACAACAUCAAAACAAAGCCAACGAGGGACAAAGCUAUUCGGUUGAUUGCAGCAGCAAAAAUUUAUGAAGACGGUCGCGGGUCAUGUGUACUUGCGGUGAAGAAAACUCGAGGUUGCGGAUGCCACAGCGCGGCCAACAGAUUGCGACCGUAUCAGAUUAUCUUACGGCAGCUUCUGUUUCCUAUUGGGGCCAUUGAUCCCUGCUUCUAAAUCAAUAAGCUAAGUGGUAUAGCAAUAAUAACAUGGGUAGCUUAUUGAAUUCGUGGUGUGUGCACUUGAUGAAAGCAGUUUAAUGGCUUGUCCUCAACCAGGCCCGGAGCAAUUGAAGCUGAAUGACAUACAAGAUGUCAGUAUGAUAAGCUUGGCAAGAGAACGACAGCACAAGCGUCCGCCGUAAUCGGCUCAAAAAAAAGGGUAUUUUGAACCGGACGAAGUAAGAGGUUGAGGUGGAAGGAUUCAUGUAUGUUGGUAGUCAACCUCACCACUUCCAAAACACGCCGUGUUUUGCUUAGACGUACAUAGAACGAGUAUUGUACAAAACAACCAUGCGAAGUGGGUCACGCCUAACCUAUGUAGAGCUAGACUUAUGCUGUUGGUCCGUAGCAGUGGGAUUGUACUAAGAAGGGCGGGUGGGCAGUGAGGGUGAGAGGUAAGCUAAGCAAUGGAAG